AGCCGGAGUGCGUGGGGGUAGGGUGUGCGGGUGGUGGGCUCAAGGCUCUUCGGUUGGUGAUGCGUCGCAGUGAGCCUUUGUUGUAAUGAACAGUUUUUCCGGAAGGUAACGUGUUCAGUUGUGGUCGUUUGGUUUUUGGUAAAUGGAAUCUGGCCAGCCUUGUUCAGAGGUGUGGAAGUAAACGAUCCGUUUGUUCAAAAAGUUCUGCUCCAGCUCCCUGCAUACCUCCGUAGGCCCUACCAGCUGCGCACUAAGUGCAACACAGGCACGAUGGCCGCGGCCGCCAACCCCGAGGAUGUGAUUGAGUAUGCGCCGAUGGAGCCUGAAGCUGUACUGCGCUGUCACAGGCGCCGAGUCUCUGAGUUCUCACAGUUCUCUGAGCUAGACAGGUUCGAACUGCCCGAGGUGUCUCGCUUGCUGGAGCAAGACGAGGGCAGCGAGGGAGGUCACGCCCUCCCAAGCACGCCCCAGGAUGAAUCCUACGAUCCCUUGGAGGACGAGCUGGUAGACCAGGUCAUCAACCGCGAGGAGUCCACGGGAGACCUGGACUUCAGCCAGAUGGCACACAACGCCAUAGAGCACGCCGAGGAGUUGGUGCACAAGGCCGAGGAGUUCGCCCACAAGGUGUGGGCGGCUGGCACGCGGCUGGUCUCGUUCCACGCGCUGCCGCCCUGGGCGCAGGACAACGACUACAUCCACAAGUCGCACCGGGCGCCGAUGCCGUCCUUCUACGCCUGCUUCCGCUCCAUCUUCUACAUCCACACGGAGACGGUCAACAUCUGGACGCACCUGCUUGGCUGCAUAGGAUUCGUGAUAAUCGCCACCUACUUCCUGACGCGGCCGUCGAUCGAGAUCGACUACCAGGAGAAGGUGGUGUUCUCAUGCUUCUUCGCCGGCGCCAUCGUUUGCAUGGGCGCGUCCUUUAUCUUCCACACCGUCGGUUGCCACUCCAAGCGGGUGCUGCGGCUCUUCUCCAAGUUCGAUUACUGCGGCAUCUCACUGCUGAUCGUGGGCUCCUUCAUCCCCUGGCUCUACUACGGCUUCUACUGCAGCUUCGUGCCCAAGGUCAUCUACCUGACGUGCGUCAUCUGCCUGGGCUCGGCGUGCAUGGUCGUCUCGCUGGUGGACAAGUUCGGCGAGCCUGAGUACCGCUCGCUGCGCGCGGGCCUGUUCCUGGGCUUCGGCCUGAGCGGAGUGGUGCCUGCCGUCCACUACCUGUACUCGGAGGGCUGGUUCAACUCCGUGCCGCUGACGGCCGUCGGCUGGCUGGCGCUGAUGGGCGCCCUGUACGUGGCCGGCGCCCUCCUGUACGCCUUCCGCGUGCCCGAACGCUGGUUCCCCGGAAAGUGCGACAUCUACUUUCAGAGUCACCAGAUAUUCCACGUUCUGGUGGUGGCGGGUGCCAUGGUCCACUACCACGGCGUCUCCGAGAUGGCCAUGCAUCGGCUGACCAACGGCGAGUGCUCCUCCGAGCAGCACCUGGUGCUCUGAUCGCGCCCGCUAGCCGACACGCGGCCGACCCCGGCACCGGCACCGGCACCGGCAUUAAACCCGCCGAGUGAGCGCCGCGUAGAGCGGAGAGGACCCGCGUCCCAGGGUCCGGGCGGACCCGGCGGGCCCGCCGGCCUCACGUCUAACACUGUGCGAAUGUGAGCGAUGUAUGCGGCCGGAGGAUGUACCGUGGCUCGGCUGCUGCGCUUUGAUAGCCGCGAUGACUAAGCUUGCGCAGCUCGAUGCCAGUUCGCGCCAGGAGCUGGCGACGCCCAGGCCGGUAUCCCGCACUGCGAGAGCCCCGAUUCCACUGGCAGCGGCCCGUGCUGGUGGCACGCCGGGCACCGUGGCUGGCACCCGCCCCCGCCCCCGUCGAUGUCGGCCUCUUGACAUGUCAGCUGGCCGUCUUAGUGAAGACGUUUGAGAGUGCGAUCAACGUUACAACCAUUGUAUUUUGAUUGUUUUCCGUUUGGGUGAGAUCAGGAGGCGUGUGAUAAUAAACGAUAAACACAACA